AUGGUGAGAGGAGAAGGCUGCUACAUUUGGGAUAUGGAGAAUAGGCAAUACCUCGAUUUCACGGCUGGCAUUGCCGUCAAUUCACUGGGACAUGCCGACCAACGUAUCUCUCGAUUGGUUGCACACCAGUCAGAAUUGCUUAUACAUGCUUCCAACCUCUACCACAACGCCUGGACGCCAGCCUUGUCGAAGUUGUUGAUAUCCGAAACCCAGCAACAAUCACCAGGAUCGUCAUUAUCGCAAGUCUUUAUAUGUAAUUCGGGGUCUGAAGCCAACGAAGCAGCGCUAAAGUUUGCUCGGAAGGUAGCAUAUUCGAAGAAUCCGGAUUCGGAUCAGAGGGAGAUAUUGUCAUUUCAUGGAAGCUUCCACGGUAGAACACUUGGUUCACUAUCAGCAACUCCGAAUCAAAAGUAUCAGGCACCAUUUGGGCCAAUGCUACCAGGUUUCAAAUAUGGCGCGUUCAACGACAUCGAGUCGUUGUCCAGCUUAAUCACAGAAAAGACAUGCGGCGUCAUCAUUGAACCAAUUCAAGGCGAAGGAGGCGUCAACGUAGCCAGACCGGAAUUUCUCAAAGCUAUUCGAGAACACUGCAAUCGAGUCGGCGCAGUACUCAUAUUCGAUGAGAUUCAGUGUGGCUUGUCGAGAACGGGUGACCUUUGGGCACAUACCGCAAGUGGAGUACACCCGGAUAUCUUGACCACUGCAAAGGCCUUAGGCAACGGUAUUCCUAUUGGUGCCACAUUAGUAUCCGGUGAGACUGUGGCACCACAUAUCAAGACUGGUGACCACGGUACGACUUUCGGCGGGAACCCGUUUGCCUGCAGAAUUGCUCAUCACGUUUUCGAAAGGCUGGCAGCAGGAGAGAUGCAGCAAGCAGUAACGCAGAAGUCAGAAAUCUUCACCGACGCAUACCAUAAACUAUCCCAAAAAUAUCCAGGGGUUUUUUCUGAAUUGAGAGGGAGAGGUCUCAUCCUUGGUUUUCAGCUGUCCGAUCACGUAAAAGGAAAAGCACCUGAAGUUAUUACAGCAGCGCGAGAAAGAGGACUACUAAUCAUUACAGCAGGUGAUGGUGCUUUACGGAUAGUCCCACCCCUGAUCAUUUCAGCAGACGAGAUAAAAGGAGGUCUAGCAAUUCUAGACAAGGCUAUGGCGGUGGUCCUCAACAGGCCGGAUCAAGUGCGCAGGACUGUGGGUCAGCAGGAGAUGGGGAGAUGA